UUGCUUUGUGACAGAGGUUCAAAAUGGCUUACAGCGUAACUCUGAAUGGACCUGGACCAUGGGGUUUCCGACUGCAAGGAGGCAAGGACUUCAACAUGCCCUUGACCAUCUCCAGAAUCACCCCUGGCAGCAAGGCGGCACAGUCACAGAUGAACCAGGGGGACCUUGUGGUAGCCAUUGAUGGAGUCAAUACUGACAGCAUGACCCACUUAGAGGCCCAGAACAAGAUCAAAUCAGCCAGUCACAACUUGAGCCUCACUCUUCAGAAAUCUAAACGUCCAGUGCCAGUUUCAACCACGGCACCUAGAAUUGACUCUCCCAGGGCUGUAAUUCCCCACCAGCAGGUCGUAACCAACACUGCUGCCAACAAGGAAUUCACGGAGCGUUUCAACCCCAAUGUCCUGAAGGACUCUGCCCUGUCUACACAUAAACCCAUUGAGGUGAAAGGCCUAGGCGGCAAGGCUACUAUAAUUCACGCCCAGUAUAACACCCCGAUCAGCAUGUAUUCCCAGGAUGCUAUCAUGGAUGCAAUUGCAGGCCAGGCACAAGCCCAGGGUGGAGAAUUUGCUAGUACCCUUCCUAUUAAAGAUCCUCACAUAGACAGUGCCUCUCCGGUGUACCAGGCUGUGCUUAAAACCCAGAACAAGCCUGAAGAUGAGCCUGAGGACUGGAGUCGCCGUUCUGCCAAUCUGCAGUCUAGAUCUUUCCGCAUCCUUGCCCAGAUGACUGGAACAGAGUACAUGCAAGAUCCAGAUGAAGAAGCCCUAAGGAGGUCAAGGGAGAGGUUUGAAACGGAACGUAACAGCCCACGCUUUGCAAAAUUGCGCAACUGGCAUCACGGCCUAUCUGCGCAGCUCCUUAAUGUUAAAAGUUAAAAUCCCACAUUUAGCAGGCAAAUGUAUGAGGCAGAGAAUUAGAGUCAAAAAUUAACUGCUGUCCUGAGUUAGAGCCCUAAGAGUGUCAUGCAUACAGGAAAGACUUAACUGCUAGGGCCUUUCUCUAAGUGCUGCCUUCUAUAGAUUUUUGUUGUUAGCAUGUUAACCCUUCACCAAAAGUAAAAAUAAUGAUACAAUGUUCUUCAUUAUAAAGUAGAUUAGCUUUUGUCAUUUACUGUAUCAAAUGUAACUUCAGUGUAGACAAAAACAUCACUAUUGUACGCUCUUGACUUUAAUUCUAGAAGAAAGUGAGUGGGAAGUUACUGACUAUUUCCUUAGGAGGAGAAGGAAUGAGACUUAGUAAAGUUACUGAGUUUUACUGCUGUAAAGAUAAUUAAGUAGAAGAUAGAAAGAUGAAAAGGAAAACUGGCUGAGCCUAGCCUAGACUUUGCUAAAUGUACAAUAUACUUAAUUUGCAUACUUGAGUGAUGCUGUCUGAAAUAAGAUAUUAGCAAUGUGAAGUUAUAGUUUUUCGAUAUAUUAAACUGAAAGAAGUCACCCUAAUGGCUGAAACCAUUGCUCUGAGUUUUCUGUUGGAGACCUGAAUGUAUCAUUAUAUGAAAGCUAGAAUUAGCUGUCAUUGCUCAAGAUCUGUGAUGAAAUGACAUUUUGCUAGAGAUGAUUUAGGAGUGAGAAGAAUAUAUACUAGUACACUGGCAUUUUUAAAAGCAUCUUGUAAGUUUUGAGUAAUAUGUUGCCUAUUAUGUAUUGCUCUUGCUUUGACCCAUAUUUCUUCUGUAUAUAGCAGCAUGCUUUAUCUGAAAUAAAAUGUUUUAAA